CUCUCUUUUUAUCGUAUAUAUUUAAGCUCAAAAAAAAAAAAGAUAUUAUAUGAGGUGCAGUAUUUUCGAUUCUUUGUACAAGCUCCAUCACAGUAGUCAUUGUACAAGUUAACCGGGAACCGACCUACACACCAUCAUCAUCCCCUUUUAGUUUAUUCGCCACGCGCGUUAUUAUUUCAUAUAACUUUAUCAUAAAAAAAAAAGCUUUCAUCAUUAUAUUUUAUAAGUAAUACAUUGAAUUGACAAAUGUACAUAAUUAUACAUUAAAUAAACAAAAAAAAAAUGAUUAUUUAUAUUAAAUAUAUCAUUUUAAAUAAACAAAUUUGUGACAAUUAAAUUUACAGUGCGAUUGUGAUAUUAUUUUUGGAUAUUAUAUUUUUUAGGCCCAGAGGCCGUCAAUUUAAACCAGCGAAUUAGAAAAAUAAAAAAACAUACAUCAUGGCGUUUGCUGGGCUUAAAAAGCAGAUAAACAAAGCUAAUCAAUACAUGACAGAAAAAAUGGGUGGUGCAGAGGGAACAAAGCUUGACGUGGACUUUGUGGAUAUGGAAAGAAAAACAGAUGUUACUUGUGAAUUGGUAGAAGAAUUACAAUUAAAAACGAGAGAAUUUUUGCAACCAAAUCCAACAGCAAGAGCUAAAAUGGCUGCUGUAAAAGGCAUCAGUAAGCUCAGUGGACAAGCAAAAGCAUCAACUUAUCCACAACCAGAAGGUACACUUGGUGAUUGUAUGCUUUUGUAUGGUAAAAAAAUGGGAGACGAUAGUAUAUUUGCCCAAGCAUUGAUAGAGAUGGGAGAAGCAAUGAAACAGAUGGCUGAUGUUAAAUAUUCUCUGGACGAUAAUAUAAAACAAAACUUUCUUGAGCCACUGCACCAUCUGCAAACUAAAGAUUUAAAAGAAGUGAUGCAUCAUCGGAAGAAACUUCAAGGUCGUCGAUUAGAUUUCGAUUGCAAAAGAAGACGUCAAGCAAAAGAAAAAAAAUAUGGACGCAACAAUUUGCGUACAGGUUCUCACGUUUCAGACGAUGAGAUACGCCAAGCUGAGGAAAAAUUUGCAGAGAGUCUACAUCUUGCACAGAUGGGAAUGUUCAAUUUGCUUGAAAAUGAUACAAACACAAAUUUUCAGGUCGAACAAGUGGCCCAGCUGGCAACUUUCAGUGAGGGAUUACUUGAGUAUCAUCAACAAUGUGUUGAAAUUCUUAAAAUUUUGACAGAAACACUCUUAGAAAAAAAAGACGAAGCUGCAAAUAGACCAAAGAUGGAAUUUGUUCCAAAAACACUUGCAGAUCUUCAAGUCGAGGGAAUUUCACAGGAUGGAAUUAACGGUGGCAACUUCUUCAUGCCUGGCUCACAAGCUGGUUCACCAGUUCAAGGUGAGGGAAAACGAUCGCAACUUGAACUAUUUCCAGCUGGUAAUCCACCAACAUCUACUAAUGCAUCACCCUUGCCAUCACCGAGUAAGUCACCAGCAAGGACACCAGUACCAAAAGUACCAUGUUGCACAGCACUCUAUGAUUUCGAACCAGAAAAUCCUGGCGAGCUUGGAUUCAAGGAAAAUGAUAUGAUUACGUUGAUACAAAAAAUUGAUGACAACUGGUACGAGGGUACUGUUAAUGGACGUACUGGUUAUUUUCCAGUAUCAUAUGUACAAGUUGUACAACAAUUGCCAUAAACAAUAUUAAUUAUUAAUUCCAAAGAUCAUGCAUUUUAUUGAAAUUUUGCGUAAACGAUUGACACAAUAAAUAAAUUAAUAAGUUAAUUAAAAAUAUUCAGGAGAUAUAAGUGGAUUAUGAAAAAUAUUUAAACAAGUAAAAACAAUAAUAUUUAAAAAAAAAAUAAUACCAGUCUUAUAUAGCCUAAUACUAUAUCACAUAUUUGCGUUAUGGUUUUAAGCUUUUAUUCCUUGGCAAAAAAAAUGAAAUGAUAAAAAAUUUACGUAAUUAUUAUAUUUAACAAAAAAAUAUCUGAUGGUUCUUAAAUUCACGUGUUAUCUUUCCCAAAUAACUUUUUUUCCCUCUAUACCAUGUUAUUAAUGUACAUAUAUAUACAUAAUUAUAUGAAAUGUUACAGUGUCUUUUACUGACAUAAAAAAAAAAUAAAAAAUUACAAAAAAAAAAAACUACUUUCCGAGGGUGCGCGAAAUUAUAUAUAUUAAUUAUUGAAUAUAAUACAAAUUGUUUUGACAAAAAGAAAAAAUGAAAUGAAAUGAAAAAUAGAUCCUUUAAUUUAAUCAUUUAUUUUUGCUGAGAUUUGAUUGAUUCGUUGUUACGUUGAACAAAAAAUAUUAACUGAUUUUUGGUUAUUUUAAAAAAUUUAUUUACAAAAUUUUUUUUGUUUUUUGAAUUCAACAAAAUAUAUUAAAUGCCAAUUAUAACGGGAAAUGAUUUUUUAAUUUGUUGAGAAAAUUAUGGAUAAAUAAAUCUCACGCACAAAUUUAAAUAAUUAAAUUUCAUAUUUGAAAAUUAAAAUAGUAUUUCGUAGUUAAAUAAUUUAUAAAAAAAAAAUUAUUAACGAAUCAGUCAAUCGUGAUUGGAAAUUAUUGACUCAAUUGGCUUUUUUUUUGUUCGUUGUUUUAAAAAUGUUAAUUUAGAAAAAAAAUGGUACUCGGUAAAUUAAUUUAAAGUAAUGAUUUUUUAAUUUGACAAAUGCGACAUAUUAAUUUAAAAUAAAUUAGCGUAUUUUGUCGCACAGUAUUUUAUUCAUUCCUGAAUAUUCAAAAUAACGAUAAUUUUCUUCGUAAUUAUUUUUUUUUUUUUAGUUAAAAUAAGUUUUAACGAAAGAAUGAGAAAAAAACAGAUAAUGUAACGUAAGAUUUUUAGAUGAAUUUAUGUAAACUGAUUUUAGUAAUUUUUAAUUUAAUUUUUUUUUUUCGUGUAGUCGAGAAAAUGCCAAGGAUAUCUUCCACGACUUAAGUCUUAUUAUUUUUUUUUUUAUUAGUAAUUAUUGUUAUUAAAAACGAAUUUGUUUAAAAAGAAAAAAUAAUCGCAUGAUAAAAAAAAAAUUCAUCAAUCAUUUUGUACACUUUUUUCAUUGUCGCAUGUUUUUAUUUUAUAUAUUUUUUUCUCUUUUAAAUUUAUCAAAUUAUUUACUCCCUCAUCUCCCGCAAAAAAAAUAAAAAUAAACAAAUAAAAAUUGAUUUGAAAAAAUCGUACUUCAUAUCGACAGUUUUAUUUGCCAUAAAACUGGUAAAUUUAACAAUGAAAACAAAAAAUAAAUAAAUAAAAUAAUGAAAGUAAUUAUACGAGAAACAUGAAAUAAAAAUUGGAUUAAAUUAAUUAUCCGGUGGUUCAGUUAUACUCUAAAAACCAAUAAAUUUAUAAAACGUUUGAAGACUAUUUAAAAAGAAAAAAAAAAUAUAUAAUUAUGCAAAAAAAAUUGACUAUUAAUACCGAUGGGUUGGAGUAAGAGAAAAAUGACAUAAAUUUAGAAAAUAUAACGAAACAUAUAUCACGUAUAUAAGUAAAAAAAAAAUAUAUAUAUAAUUAAUUAAAUAAAUAACUAAAUUGAAUUGACGAUAGAGAUGUUAAUAAAGAUGAUGAUUGGAGUCGAUUAUACUUAGCUUAAAUUACGCUUAUAAUUAUUUCGAAAAAAAUUUCCAUACAAAUUUUUAAUUUGGCAAUGAUUAUUGAUUUAAAUUAAAUAAAUACAUAUAAAUGAAAAAAAAAUUGUUUAAAUAAUAAUUCAGUUACAAAGCAAUAAGCUUGCAAUUUUUUUUAAUUUUUUUUUUAUCAUGUUUUAAUUUAUUUUAUUCGUGAAAAUAUGAAUUUUAAUUAUUUGUAAUUAUUCCGUCGACUCGAGAAUGAAAGAGUAAAAAAUGACAAAGAAAAUAAUGAAGAGAAUAAUAAUAAUAAUAGAUAAAUAAUAAUUGCAAAGAAUUUGCAAGUUUAAAAAAAAAAUAAUAAUAAAGACUUGGCCGGUCGACUUUUGAAAUUUUUAAACAAAUUAUUUAUUAUAUAAAUGUUGAAUGGACAUUGUUUUAAAAAUAAUUUCACAAUGAAAUGAAUAAUAAUUAAUAUUUAAAAAAUAAAUAAAAUAAAAAAGUUCAAAAAUUGAUUUAUUCAAUUUAUAAAAUAAACGGUCUAAAUAAUAAAAAAAUACAGUGGAGUAACAAAUAAUAUUAUUUUGUUUUUAUUUUUUCAAUGAUAAAUAUUAAUUUGAUAAUAUUGUCCGGCCUUUUUUUUAAUUGAUUGAUUAACUUUUUUUUAAAAUGCAAAAUCAAAUAAGUGGAUGACAAAAUAUAAAUUAUCAAAUUCACAGCCACUGUCAAUUAACAAAAAAAAAAAAAAAAUUAAUAAAAAAUAUACGACAUAAAUGGGUAGAAUUGCAAAUAAAAAAAAAAGCAAUAUUAGAUUCAUCGAAUUGAUUAAGUAUGAUUAAAAAUAUCUACUUGAAUGUUGAUUAAAAAAAAAUAUAUAAGAAAAAUUAAUAAUAAAUAUUGAAAGGAUUUAAAAAAAAAAAAAGCGGAAUUGGUCUGAGUUUAAUGCAAGCUGCGAACCGAAAUAUUUCUUAAAUGUCUCCCAAAUUUCUACCCAAAAAAAAUAAAAAUAAAAAAAAAAGACAAGUAAAUAAUUUUUAAAUUAAUAAAAAAGAUAUUUAAAUAAAAAUUAAUAAAAAAAUAUCUACAAAAAGAAAACAAAAAGUUAAAAAAAAAAUUGGUAUUCUAUUCUAUAAAUGUUGGCUAUUGUUAAAUGUUGAAUAUUGUUCAUCGCGAGGUAGUCCUCAGGCCCCGAUAAUAACAUUUUGAAAUCAUAAAAAAUAUAAUUGAUAAAUCAUAUUCAAUAGAAUCGCACCCUCAUUCAUCAAAUUAAUUGUUAUAAAUAAUUUAAAUAAAUAAAUCCUACAGAAUUUAAAGUGGGACCUGAUGAUGAAGCCUUCGCAUUUUUAAUUAUAAAUUUAAGGAACGUAUUCAAAUAAUUUUAACAUUAAAAUUUAUUGACUGUAUAAACAGUUUUAUGAAUUUUAAUUAUUAUCAAAAUGUUAAAAAUUAUUUGAAAACAAUCCCCGACUGCUUGGGGAUCGAAUGAACAUCAGUUUGUUCGGUUCGUUGCAAGAUAAAUAAAUAAAAUCAUCGCUCUGCAUCGUCGAUCAAUUAAUUGGUAUUUAAUUAAAUUAAAAAAAAAACAUAAAUAAUUUAAAUUAUUGUUAAAAUAAAAUUAUAAAAUAACGAUCGAUUGAUGUAUGAAGAGUGAUACUUUCUGACAAUACAUUACAAUUAAUUAAACUUUUACUGCUAAAUUUAAAAAUCUAAAUGAUAAUUAAAAACUCUGAUUUUAAAUAAAAAAAAAAAAAAAAAAAAAACAAAUGGUAUAUUAAAAAAGUUGAAAAAAAAAAAUGUGUAUACAUGAAGAAAAUUUCAAGUGAGAACAAUUCCGGUCAAUGCUAAAUCAAUAUUAUGAUAAUUACAAAAUAAAGUGUGCUCUAUGUCAUUGA